AUGGCCUCUCGCCGGGCUCCGUCGUCUGCCCUGCUUGCCUUUCUCCUCGCCGGACUGGUCUCAGCCGGGCCCUAUCCGCGCGAUGACAUCCGAGAUCUGGGCUUCGGCUAUCUCAUGGACCGCUCAUGCGCCUCGUACUGUGGCGCGGACAACCAGUACUGCUGUGAGUCGGGCCAGUCGUGUGUGACAAACGCCGGUAUAGCAGCCUGUACCGGGGGAGCGGGAGGGUCAACCAACUACUACACGACGACCUGGACAGAAACGCACACGUACACCAGCACCUGGAGCUCAUAUGUCCCAGGAGCCACCACGCCGGCCUCUAGCGGCUCUGGCGGCCAGGACUGUAUCCCACCGGCAGGCAGUGGCCAAAUCGCGUGUGGACCCAUCUGCUGUGCGAGCUGGCAAUACUGCUCUGAUAGCGGCGUCGGCCAAUGCAUGGCGAACGCGGGUGCUGGAACUUGGACGACGGGCACCACAGUAGGCGUGGCCACUACCGCCUUUUCGGCGCCCUACCGGGUCACGGGUUCGAGCACCCAGAUCAUGACAUCGGCGACGUCAACAGGUACCGGCACAGCAGUGGGCGCAACGACCACCGGCACCGCCGUGCCCGUGACGACGACAAGCAAUCAGCUGAGCGGAGGAGCGAUUGCGGGCAUCGUGGUAGGCACAAUCGCGGGUGUCAUACUGCUCCUCCUCCUGUGUGCGUGCUGCAUCAUCCGUGGAGCAUGGCACACCGUUCUCGCCAUUUUCGGCAUCGGCAAGAAGGACAAGAAGAAGACAGAACGCACCGAGAUCAUCGAGGAGCGCUACUCACGACACGGCAGUGUCCACGGAGGUCGGCCAGCCCACCGUACGUGGUUCGGACUGGGCAAAGGUCGCCCAUCCACUGUUGCCUCCCGAAAGGAGAAGAAGAGUAGUGGAGUCGGCUGGCUGGCGGCAGCGGGCGGUGCGACCUUGUUGCUUCUAGGACUCAAGAGAGGAGAUAAGCGCAAGGAAAGCAGCCACAAGCCGGCAAGGAGCGACUGGAGCAGUUCGUACUACACGGACUCCUACACCGCGAGCAGUCCUAGUAGUCUGAGCUCGGACAGGAGGACGCGGGAUACGCGGCGGUCCAGACACUCCAGGGCCACGAGGACCUCGCGCAGAACCUCGAGACACACUAGACACUCGUGA